AUGUUGCCACCAGCUUUGGUCAGCGUGUACCGUAAGUAUAAGAAGGAUACCAGUUCAAUUACUUCACAGCUUGCCUCAACUGCGAAAGAAUGCGGAUAUCCUGCCGACCUGCUACAUUUCUACUUUGUGGGAAUCCUCGAGAAGGUCCGCGAAAUCCUUAAGCCAUAUUCAGAUUCAGUUGAUUCUGGUUCGUCAAACGAGACUGAGACCUUGACAAACAAGUUCAAGGAACUGGAGGUCUAUCAUCCAUCAGAGGAGUUUCUUAACGCAAAGGACAUCGAAAGACCUGGUCCAGUGAAUAAUGACGACAUUGUCUACGAGGCCGAUACAGGGGACUCAUUCAGUGAGGCUCUUUUUGCAUAUAAGAUAUUGCGCGAGGAUUUGAGCGAAAUCAGAAAGUUUGUCGCCCACAUUUGGUUAAUGCAUAUCGAAGCGGAUUGCGGUGGAAACACUCUUGACCCAGGCGUGAUGGCGGUUGUUACGAAUACAGCCAUCGAGUUCGGCUUGACCCUUGCAGACGACAUGAAGCCCAUCUUCGAAAAGUUUGGUGGGAUUAGGGCAAUGGCGGAACACAUUGUUAGUAGCGUGCUACUAAGUGAAGGGAUCGACAUGAAUACAUUUCGGCAGCAGUUCGCAGAAGGAUCUAUCGACGAGAAGGUAUAUAAUGUCAUGUCGCAAUGCUGCUAUCUCACAGAUCUUUCGAUCGAUGCCCUCGCCAAAAUUCCGUGGACGGGUGUCACCGGCAUAUAUCCAGACGGGACGUUUGGUGUUCUUGAUCCUCACACAGAUUGGCCAGAUAAAAGUAUGAGCCAGACGUUGACUGAGGAGCGUGUCAUUAUUGGCGAGCUCUGGACGGAAGCAUUGGCAAUUGUCUAUCAAGUGCCAAACUACCCGUUCUCCGACGAAUUCCUUCGAGGCGUCAAGGAGUUCAGGGAAACAAAACAGGUUCCGUUCAGCGUCAUAUUCGCAUUUCAAGUAAAUCUCGACAUACACACAGUUAUCCGUAGUUACGCAGAGUCUUCAGUCGAGACUCUUCUCAAGCGCAUCACGACCAUGAAGGAGGAGCUGAAGGCUCAUAUCGAGUUUCAAAAGGACAUCAAAAGCCCGCACUGGUCAUCUCGCGAUAGAAAAUGGUUGAAAGAUACGCAGGAGGGCUUCGACUGGUUUCUAGACGACCCCUUGCUCAGGGUAAAGAAAAUGGCAGUUAACAAGAGCUCGAACCGCCAAGAGGGAUUGAACCACCUCGCACGUGUUGAGAAAUACCGGACCCUGAAGAGGUCUCCAAUUAUCGCUUGUCUGGCAUUGUACUACCAUCGUGCGGAAAUGCACGAAGCCGGCCUCAGAGUUACCAAUGCCUGGGGCUCUAUAAUCCUGCCUGCACACCUGGAGAACGCUAUCAGCGAGGAAGGUCUCACCAAAACCUGGUGGCUAGAUAUGGAGACGCUGUUCAAGAUUUUCGGUGACGAAGCCUUCUUCAUUGGAGGGAAGCCGCAUACGCGUUCAUCCUAUGUCAAACGUUUCAUGCUGCAGGUCGGCUUCUCUGCAUCUACCUUGAGCAAGAAUAGGCGCAAGGGCAACAAGAUAGGUCUCGAGGAUUUCUCACGAGCAGGUCCACGAUUUCUCAAAACCCGUGCUCUGAUCCACAAAAGCCUCCAAGACCGAUACCAUAGAAAUGCCAACCGAAUGAAUUGGACAAUGGAGACCAUCAGCGAAGAUACCCCAUUGACAGCAGACGACAAAACACGCGUUACGCCAGCUGACGUAUUAUCCUCACUCGGCAAUGCUAUGAGCGCUGAGCUAGAGGAGCUUGCAUUUUCCUACCUAAGCUUGCAUCAAACUAGCUGGGAGUGGUUGAGAUGUGUUUGGAUGGCAUGCGAUCCCACUCUUCGCAAAAUCCACGGAUCAGACUUCGCUUUGUCGGAAUGGGAGCUGCCUUUCAUGGUCGGGCAUAUCCUGGCUGAAGCUGAAAAGGACUACAAAGGCUCAAUGAGUAUGCUGGCAAUGGCUGCGGGGAUACUUGAGGAGAUGCACCGUGGACAUGUCCUCAGCAUAGCAUCUCGUCUGAUGCAUUUGCUUUCUGGGCGUGACUAUAGCGUUCCAAAGGGUGCGGCCGAGUUACUUCGAUCAUUUGAAGAGUCUUAUGAUGGCGGCUCGGAUGAUGACGGUCCCCAAGAGGUGGCAGCGAAUGCAGAGAGUUAA